AUGGCGACGAUUUCUGCGCACGUUGCGUCUACGUCGGGCUACAAGUACGACGUGUUCUUGAGCUUCCGAGGGCCCGACACUCGUCGCACGGUUGCGGAUGUCAUCUACGAAAGCUUAGUCGACGCCGGAAUUAGCGUCUUCAGAGACAAUGAAGAGCUUCGCAAAGGCGGGAAUAUCGGGCCGGAGCUCGAGCGCGCGAUCGACGACUCGAGGAUCCACGUGCCCAUCUUCUCGGAAGGCUACGCAUCCAGCGCGUGGUGCCUACAGGAGUUCGCACGCAUGGUGAGGCGCCAGAGGGAAUCCGCGGGGCACGAAAUCGUGCCUGUAUUCUACGGCGUGAGUCCUUCGAACGUCAGGCUCAAGAGGGGUUCGUACGGCGAGGACCUGCUUUGGCACGAGGGGCGUUACGGCGAGGAGACGGUGCGAGAGCUUGGUAAACUUAUUAAAGAUUUUGUUCGAGACGUUUUUAUUAAACUGAAGAAGAGACAAAAGGUUCUACCUGAUCAUUUAGUUGGAAUUGAUGAUCGAGUCAAAGACGUGAUGCAGUUGUUGGACUGCGGCUCCCUGGGCGUACGAUUUCUUCUUGUGCACGGGAUGGGAGGAAUCGGCAAGACAACUCUUGCCAAGGUGGUUUUCAACGAGAUCGCUCCUCUGUUUGAUGGUUGUAGCUUCCUUUCAGACAUCGCAGGAACUUCACAAAUAGGUGGCAUCGUAAAGUUGCAGAACCAGCUGUUAUCCGAUAUCCUGAAGAGGUCCAUAGAUGUCCAUGACGUCGACGAUGGUGUCCACAUGAUACGAGAGAGAUUUCGCAACAAGAGGGUCCUCAUUAUUCUUGACGAUGUGGAUAAUAGAGAGCAGCUCACGGAAUUGACGGGGAUCAGUGACUGGCUUGGCCCUGGAAGUAGGAUUAUUGUCACAACUAGGAAUCAUGCCUUCGGAGAAACCCUACCUCCAGAUGAUCUCGAAACUCUUUCCAGUGAUAUUGUGGCCACUACCGGAGGAAUUCCUUUGGCUCUUGAAGCUUCAGGGUCAUUCCUCCGCAGCAAAAGCCUCAAGAUAUGGACAGAAACAUUGGAGCGUUUGAGGAAAGUACCUGAUAGGAGAGUCCAAGAUACGUUAAGGAUAAGUUAUGAGGCAUUAAGCAUUGAGGAGAAGCAAAUUUUCUUAGACAUUGCAUGCUUUUUCAACGGGUUAGAGAGCACAUCCGCAAUAUAUGUGUGGAAAGAUUUUGGUUAUUUCCCUGAAAGCGGACUUGCCACUCUCGCUGAUAUGUCUCUGUUGAAGAUAGACCAUCACAAUAUUUUCAGGAUGCAUGAUGUGAUCAGAGAUUUUGGAAUGGAAAUUGUUCGAGAGGAAAAUCAUCUGAAUCCAGGAAGUCAAAGCAGGUGGUGGGAACCUGAGGAAUGCCUUCGCAUACUUCGUGAACCGAUUGAUUACCAGAGAAAGAGAAAUGUGACAUCACUUUGGCUACAAUUCCCUGAGGUACAGAAGAUCACAAGUCAAGAACUUGCUUCUCUGCCAAACCUAAGGUUUCUUCGUCUUAAGCGGGUGACCAUCAUUGGAGAUUGUGGUAAUCUUCUCCCAGAAUUGAGAUGGCUAUCUUUGCAUGAUUGUCCUGCAGACUUUAGUGCGACCAAUUUCUCUCCAAGAAAUCUAGCCGUUCUCAAGCUUUCUGGUAGUGAACUUGGAGAUGAUUGGCCUGGAUGGCACCAAUUCACGAAAUCAUGUGAGUUGAAAUUUCUGGAACUUGGAGAAUGCAGCCGCUUAACUAGAUUGCCCGAUCUCUCUGCCAUCAGGACAUUGGAAAGAUUGACUCUUCGAGAUUGCCCAAGCUUGGAUCAAACUGACGAAUCAAUUGGUAAGCUGACACGCCUGAGUUGCUUGAAAGUAUAUAAUUGCAAAGCUCUGAGAGAGUUGCCCAAAGAAGUAGGUUGUCUAAAUUCUUUGAAAGAGCUAAUUGUGAGAGGGACAAUACAUGGUCCUGUUGGUUCGUAUCGUCCCCACUCGAUUGGUAAUCUACAGUCUUUGACAAGGCUAGAGAUGGAAAGUGUCGGAAUUAGCGAACUUCCUCACUCAAUUGGAGAGCUAAAGGAUCUUCAAAGCUUGUGCUUGUCCCGAUGUUAUGUGCUACGAAAGCUUCCAGACUCAAUUGGGGGAUUGGAAUCGCUAUUUGAGUUGGAUUUGUCAUAUACGAAAGUAACAGAAUUACCCGAUUCAAUUGGAAACCUAAGGAAGUUGAAAGUGAUAAGGAUAGAUCAUAGUGAGAUAAGCAAGAUUCCAUCAACUAUAGGCAUGGCGGAGAAGCUUGAAGAAUUUCAUGCUGAAAAAUGUGUGAAUUUGGAGGGAGAUAUUCCUAGUGAAAUUGGAAGUCUGUCCUCACUAAAAAUCCUGAAUUUGUCUCACACUUGCAUUCGAUCUGUGCCAACAACAAUCAACCGGCUUUCUCCUCUCCAAGAACUUCAUUUGGAAGGUUGCCAUGAGCUUAAACGAGUCCCAGAGCUUCCCCCCAGUUUGAUUAACCUUUAUAUCGAGUCUCGCUCACUAACGACAGUCCCAAACCUCUCAAACCUGAUCAAUUUAGUCAAUCUAUUAGUAUCCGACUACAUUGAGGAAUCUCUUUCUAACCCAUGGGAUGCCAAAUCUAUCCAAACUCCAAACCUUAAGUGGGUUGGGAGGUUGUCUAGACUGGAGACGCUGAAACUGGUUCAUAAGAGCAUCAUUGCACCACCGACCGAGCUUGCUUCCCUUCCUGGCCUGAAGCAACUAGUUCUGUCUUGUUUUGACCUGCAAUCCCUCACUCCGCCGCUUCCUUCCACGCUGUCCAUGUUGAAGCUUAUAAACUUCAACUCAUUGGCUGAAUUCUCGUGCAGUUCGUACUUGAAAAAUUUGUCAAGUUUAGAGCUAUGUAAAUCAUGGCUGAUGGAAAUUCCACUCAAUAGUUUUGGACAAUUGGAGAAUCUGAGGGAACUCAUUCUGUCGAACUGCGUAUUUCUUGUGCGGUUGUCCUCUUUGUGGGGCUUGAAGAAGCUCAGAGUGUUGCGCUUGUUGAACUGCCCGAAGCUAGUUGAGAUCCAAGGUCUCGUCAAACUUGAAUCGUUGGAAAGUAUAAGGAUUGGCCAGUGCAAUUCCCUAGUAAGGUUGCCUAAUCUCUUGAAGUUGAAGAAGUUGAGGACCAUGGAAUUUUUAUUCUGCAGAUCAUUAGUGAGUUUGCCUUCUCUAUCUCAAUUAGCUUUGGAAGAUUGUCAUCUAGUAGUCGACAGAUGCGAUAAGCUAUCCAACUACAAUGGCCCUUGCUGGCUUUACAAAGACAAAAGGAAAUGUCCAAACCCCCAUUCUCGCCUAUGAGCAGGACAUAGGGAACACUCGCAUUGUCCUGUUUUCAUGUAGUUUCCCCGAGAAUGAGACUGCUUUGUCAGAGAGGAUUUGCUUGUACUUUCUGUUUCCUUUUUUUCCCAGGUCGUGUUAUUCUUUCUUCUCAACUUUCCAGUUAGCAUACUCUGGAUUUGUAAAGACAAGACAUAUGCAUAAGCAGUCUAGUAGUCUCUCUCUUUGGUCUCCA